UAAAAAAGCAAAAUUUCAAUUGAAUUAUGUAUGCAGGAUGCAGCUGCAUGAUACUACGAGCAGCUACCACGUGGUGAUUCUGUCACGGACUCCCACAGCAAAAAAUGACGCCACAACCUUUUUGGUCUUGGUCCGUGGUUUCCAUCAUGUUCCUCGUUGACUCAAGAUCUACGUGGUGGGAGCGAAUUGCCAAAGAGGACAAUGGCCGAUUGCCAAGGAAGCCAAGCCUCCCCUCGCCACUUGCAGAUAAUAUGAUACUACUUGAACAGAGGAAAUAGACUAUACAACGGGGGUUCUUUAGAGUAGGUAGAUUAUCUACGGAACCGGAGGAAAUUGAUUCUUUUGAUGGAGCCAUUCAUACCAGUGCUUGACAAUGACAUCAGUGUUCCUGUUCCGGAUACUAGUACCACAUUUGCAGAUAAUAACACUGCCAACAAUCAGGAAGUCUGUGAUCCAGUGGCUCCUGAUACCGGUACCACAGUUGAUGAUGGGGACCUUGCGAAUAGAGAAUUGGGUGUUCAAAUAGACAAGAUUUUUCAGGAAGGUCUUUCUGUGGAGGGCCUCCCUCAGGCUUUUGAUGGGGCAGAUCUGAUUGAAAAGCUCUUGGCAGAUGAAAUGGAGAAGCUGUCGGUUGAAGAAAAGGAGCGAACCGCAUUUGACAUCCAUGGGAUGGCCCAUGAAUCUAACGAUCCUGAGAACAUAGAUGAGCUGCUAGACCAAUUGGAGCAGGAAAUCCAAAAGAUACCGGACAAAAAAGCGUAUGAUAAAGCCAAGUAUCUGAAUGAAGAAUAUGUAACUGGUCAAGAGUUUCGGCUCAUGUUUCUUCGCUGCGAUAAGUUUGAUGUCCAGGUGUCGGCACAAAGAAUAGUAACACAUUUGGAGAACAAGAUGGAUAUGUUUGGUGGUGGACCUGCCUUGGCCCGAAAGCUGCGUUUGAGCGAUCUCAAUGAAGAUGAUAUAAAGUCCCUCAAAUCAGGGGCCUGGCAGCUCUUGCCUGGGUGCGAUGCUGCCGGCCGUCUGGUCUUGGCAUUAUCACCUACUUGCAUAGACGGCUCUCUGGCUGUGGAAUGCCAUCAACGUGCCAUUGUGCUUCUCAUAAUGUCCAUUCUCCAAACUGAGAUUGCACAAAAGAAGGGCGUUGUUGUUGUGAUGCGCUGGUCAGGGAAGUCUCUGCUGCAAGUACAACAAAGUAUAUUCACCCAAGCACAGCUAAUGAAUAAACUCAGGCCUGGAAUCCCUCGCAAGAUUGCUUGUGUCCAUAUCCUGCUCAGCCAAAAAUGUCUACGUCCGUUGGUUGAAGGCAUUCGUUGGUUCCUCCACGAGGAACUGAGGAGUCGAAUCCGAGUGCACUUUGGGGACUUUCAGCAGCUCAACUUUGCAUUGCAGACCUUUGGAAUCUCAACAGAUCGUUUCCCAUUCGGUCCAAAAAAUGAACCCAUUGAUCUGGAGCAUCAUCUUCAAUGUAUUCAAAGCUGGCACAAGCAGGAAGAAAAGGGCAACACAAGCAUUGAUAUCAUAGUCCCCCGUCCAUUUGAUGUCCUGUUUGGACGAGGACUUCAUACAAGGAAUCACACCGGCAACCUUAGAGCUGCACAUAUCGCUGACAUGUUUCGAGACAAGUAUGAGGCUGCGGGAAAGUAUGAAAAGACAGCAAUUGCUGAACAGAUUGUCACAAUUAUCCGAGAAUCACACGGCCGUUUUUUGAAAUGGGAAGAUGAUGCAUGGGAAAGAGUGGACCAACAAGAUGUGAGGAACAAGAUUUCCCACUUUUUUCGGAACACACGGAACACAGGUUGCCCCAGCAAAGGCAAGGCAUCCCCGUCUGAUGGCUCUACCAGUGGUUUAGAGACCAGCCCAGAGGGAGAUUCGUUGGCUUCAGCUUUGUCCAAGCGGGCGCAAUCAGAUUCAAGGCAACAAUCGCCACAGCGAAUUCAGAAACGGUGCCAACGGAAAAGCUAACUCUAUGGGUUGUCAAAAGAUGAUAGGUUUGGCAGAUAGCUGGCACGGUUGGUAAAAUGAUUCAUUCGGUUUGGUGCAGUACUGGUACAUUCACAAUUCUCUGGAAGUAAUGCCCUUUUGGCCAUUUUGGUCCGGGUUCAACUGCCAUUUACCACGCGGCCAGCUUGCGAAGUUGGCGCUGAGACGGUAACAAAGUCAAUCUCACGACAGUCGGCAACAACGACAAUAAUACUGUCGAGACACUAUUUGACAACAACAACAGCAUGAAAACGUCAUUUUCGACCGUACAAACAAGCCAGUCGUAUUCGUUGACAAUUUUCACUGCUUCCACACCCCUACUCUUCCAAAAUCCUGUUUCGUGUCUGCUGCUACAAGGUUCUCCCAAGGAACAACCACAAUGGUCGUCUGAUCACGAAAAGCUUUGGUCGCUGACUACACGAGUGAACGCCCUUUGGUCGCUGACUACACGAGCGACGUCUCUUUGGUCACCAGCAAGCGGCCCACUUUUCACUACAAUGACAUGAAAUUCUUCGGCGUGAUCAAGCCACCUAUUGUUGCCUGCGCUUGCUUACAAGGAUCCCAUUGUACUCUUCAACAGCUACAGUAACGACAAAUUGCUCUCCAAUGUACCCACACAAACAACACCGCCUCUACUACGGCAAUGUGCGACAUCUUUGCCUACAAUCAGCCAAACAACCUUGGAAACAAGACGACUGCAUUUUGUUCCUGUAGCCUAACUACCAGGUAUCUACUACUAGUAGAACCGAUUUCUUUGAUAUCCAGCAUGCAGUGCGUUCUUUUAAAAUACACCUAGACUACUAGCCUAGAUAGCCUGGA